AUGACAACUCCAACGAAAGCGUCCAAGUCCGCAAACUGGACAGACGACUUGGAUGCCGAGUUCGUGGUGAUAUAUGCGGAGGUGGCUGCUAAGAGCGAAUACGUAGCAAGUGGUGGCAAGCAGCUCAAGAGCAUGGGGUGGUCCGACAUUCUUGCCCGUCUGCACGGCCGGGGCGACCUUACCACCAACAGUCAACUGCAAUUGCGCUGGAAGAGGCUCACUGAAGUUUACGCGGAUUACACGUGGCUUAUGCUCAAGUUCUCCGGUGAUGGCUUGUCUCGCUUUCGAGACCGUCCCUUUCAACAUUACGACACCACUGCAGAGAUGGUUGGCGACGCGAUCACGACCGGUGAAUUCAUUCGUGGCAUGCCCGUGGUGCAGAGCGACGUCUAG